GCUCAUAGGCAAAGUUUCAUUGGGGCUACUGCCCACUGGAUAGAGCCAGAUACCCUAGAAAGAAAGUCUGUGGCUCUGGCUUGUAAAAGGCUGAAAGGGACACAUUCUUAUGAUGUGUUAGCCAGUGCGCUUAAUGAUAUUCAUAGUGAGUAUAACAUCCGUGAAAAAAUUGUUAGGACCACAACAGAUAAUGCCUCAAACUUUAUUAAGGCCUUCCGAGUUUAUGCAUGUGAAGAUGAAGGAAGUUCAAUUACAGAUGAGAGUAAAGGUGUGGAUGACAGUGAAGAGGAGGAUGCAGAAGAGGAGACAGAGGGUGUUGAAGUGGAAGCUUUGAUGGAGGAAGAAGAUGAGUGUUCUGAAUAACAGCUUCCAAAGCAUCACCGUUGUGCCUGUCAUAUUCAGAAUUUGAUCUCAACCGUAGAUGCUAGAAAAGCUGAAUCAAAUGCUAUGUACAAGAAGGUAUCUCGUGCAGCAUUUGCCAAGUGCUCAGCUCUUUGGAAUAAGAGUUCCCGGUCAUCUACAGCUGCAGAGGUUAUUGAGAGGGAGUGCAAGCUGCAAUUGAUCCGUCCAGUUGAGACCAGGUGGAACUCUCUCUUCCUUGCAGUUGAGCGAAUACUGAGGAUAAUUAGGGAAAGUGGAGAAGGAGCAGUCAGAGCAGUGACCAUUGCACUUAACGUCCCAAUGUAAGUUUGUCAUGGAGCAGAUACGUAGUUGUGAUGUGGUAGGCUAUUGAUUGUGUAAAAUAAUGUUGUUUACUAAUGAUUUACUCCAUUUAAUUGAACUGAAAUAGUGUAGCCUAUGCUUAUCAUGCUGACAUUAUGCAUGUUCUCACAUGGUGUUUUACAGGUUCAGCCUGCAGAACUUGCUUUCUUGUCUGACUAUGCAUCAACCAUGAGCCCAGUCUCUAAGGCACUCAACAUAUUGCAGGGAGAGGUGGAUGUCCACAUGGGAUGGCUGGUACCCACUAUAGCGCUCCUAACUGUGAAGCUGGACCGCCUCCAAACUUCAUCCAAGUUCUGCCAGCCACUGAUCUCUGCUCUUCAGGAAGGAAUACAGCAGCGGUUUGGAAAAAUGAUGAAUGACCCAGAACUCAUAUCUGCUGCAAUUUUACUUCCUAAGUUCCGCACAUCAUGGACAAGCAAUGAAAACUUGCUAAAGUUGGGCAUGGACUACAUCAAGACACACAUGGAGGAAGAGUCAGCCUUAUCAUCACCUGGUAGCCAUUCUGGAUCUGAGGAGGAAGACUUUUUUGGCCUUAUGAAGGGAAAUGUCCACGAAACCACAAAACAGUUGGAUGCCUAUCUGGCCAACACUUCUACCUCAGUGGACAUACUCAAGUCAGUGCCCGCAGUUUUUAAUUUGUCCCUGAAGCUCAACACACCACUGCUCCCAUCAGCAGCAUGCAAACGAAUGUUUAGCACAGCAGGGCACAUUUUUUCUGCAAAAAGAGGCAGGCUAGUAUCAAAAAACUUUGAGAACCAAAUUUUGUUGAAAUUGAACAAAAACUAUUGGUAAUGCUAUGCGGAACCAAAUACAGUAUUAGGGCUCUAAUACUCUCAUGUUCUAUAGGGGCAUUUUGCCCUUUUGACCUUUGAUUGCCUGGCCAAAAUUUUUAUUUGAAGGUCCUUUGUUUUUAAGUUUCUUAUCGUAGCAUC